AUGUCUGCUCGGAGUGUUACUUCUGCGUUCAUGGACACUUGCAAAUUGCUUGGUGUGCCGUAUAUAGUAAUAACGGACAAUGGUAAGCAGUUUGUAAGUAAGAUAUUUUCAGAGUACUGUACUAAAGAGGAGGGUAUGAACGUCCUUAUCAAGUCUUACAUGGAGCAUUGUGAAGUUGCCUAUUAG